GAAGACUGGGCUUGUUCAGGUUUCAGUGCAGAGGGGUGGAGAGGAAACCUGUGUCCUUGCAGGUUUGAUUAAACAGAUGCUUAAGAGAGCAAGCUGGUGGAUCAUGGUGACUUUCGGAAGAUCUUCUUAUCUUGCCAUGCUGGUUAUGGUGGCCUUGGCUGGGCCCGUGAGCAUGGUAGAGCACGCCGAGUUCCUGAAAGCUGGGAAGGAACCCGGCCUUCAGAUCUGGAGGAUUGAGAAUUUCGACUUGGUCCCCGUGCCAAGAAACCUUUAUGGGGAUUUUUUCAUGGGAGAUGCUUAUGUGAUCCUCAACACUAUCCGGCAACGUAAUGGGAACCUGCAAUACGACCUUCAUUUUUGGCUAGGGAAUGAAUGCAGCCAAGAUGAAAGUGGAUCAGCCGCCAUUUUCACAGUACAGCUGGAUGACUACCUUGGCGGAAGGGCAAUCCAACACCGGGAAGUGCAAGGACACGAGUCAUCCACUUUCCUAGGAUACUUCAAAUCAGGACUGAAGUACAAAGCCGGUGGUGUGGCCUCUGGCUUCCGACACGUGGUGCCCAAUGAGGUGACGGUGCAGAGACUCUUGCAGGUCAAAGGCAGGCGGACAGUGCGGGCGACAGAGGUGCCUGUCACCUGGGACAGCUUCAACACGGGUGACUGCUUUAUCCUGGAUCUGGGCAGAAACAUUCACCAGUGGUGCGGCUCCAAAGCCAACCGGUUCGAAAAGCUGAAAGCUACUCAAGUCUCCAAGGGUAUCCGGGAUAACGAGAGAAACGGACGGGCCAGAGUCUAUGUUGAAGAUGAUGGUGCUGAACGCGAGGAGAUGCUCCAGGUUCUGGGACCCAAACCUAGUUUGCCAGCAGGCACAACCGAUGACACCCAAGCUGAUGUGACCAACAGAAGGCUGGCUAAACUCUACAAGGUAUCCAAUGGGGCAGGGAAUAUGGCUGUUUCCCUGGUGGCAGAUGAGAACCCUUUCUCCCAAGCAGCCCUGAUUUCCGACGAUUGCUUCAUUCUUGACCACGGCACAGAUGGCAAAAUUUUUGUCUGGAAAGGAAGAAAUGCCAAUGCCGAAGAAAGGAAAGCUGCUCUUAAAACUGCUUCUGAAUUCAUCACCAAGAUGAAUUAUCCAAGACACACACAGAUCCAAGUCCUUCCAGACGGUGGCGAGACACCUCUUUUCAAGCAAUUCUUCAAGAAUUGGUGUGACAGGGACCAGACAGAAGGGAUGGGAGUGGCCUAUGUCCCCGGCCAGGUGGCCAAAAUUGAGCAAGUUCCUUUUGAUGCAGCCACACUGCACACCUCACCAACGAUGGCAGCCCAGCAUGGCAUGGAGGACGAUGGCACUGGAGAGAAACAGAUCUGGAGAAUAGAAGGUUCUGCCAAAGUUCCUGUGGACCCUGCAUGUUAUGGCCAAUUCUACGGUGGGGACAGUUAUAUCAUCUUGUACAAUUACAGGCACGGGAGAAAGCAGGGGAAAAUCAUUUAUACUUGGCAGGGUGCAGAUUCCACCCAAGACGAAAUUACAACCUCCGCUUUUCUGACUGUCCAACUGGAUGAACAGCUGGGAGGCGUUGCAGUGCAGAAACGAGUUGUCCAGGGCAAAGAGCCACCUCACCUCAUGAGUAUGUUUGGGGGGAAACCACUGAUCGUGUACCAAGGUGGCACCUCCAGGGAAGGUGGUCAGACGAGCCCAGCACCGACACGGCUCUUCCAAGUCCGCUCCAGUACUUCCGGCGCAACCCGAGCUGUUGAGAUCAGCCCAGCUGCAAAAGAACUGAAUUCCAAUGAUGUCUUUGUCUUGAAAACUCCAUCUACGGCUUACCUCUGGGUGGGCCGGGGAGCCAGCAAUGCCGAAAAGUCAGGAGCCCAGGAGCUGUUGAAAGUUUUGGGAGUGCAGGCAGCUGAGGUUGCUGAAGGCCGAGAGUCAGGAAGUUUCUGGGAUGCCCUUGGCGGGAGAGCCCCCUACCGCACUUCCCCACGGCUGAAGGAUAAGAAGAUGGACGCUCACCCCCCUCGCCUUUUUGCCUGCUCCAACAAGAGUGGACGCUUCACUAUUGAAGAAGUACCUGGAGAGUUGACUCAAGAUGAUCUGGCAACAGAUGAUGUAAUGCUUUUAGAUACCUGGGACCAGGUCUUUGUGUGGGUUGGCAAAGAUGCUCAAGAGGAGGAGAAGACAGAGUCCCAAAGUUCAGCACGGAGGUACAUUGAGACUGACCCUGCUAACCGGGACCGGCGGACGCCAAUCACACUCAUCCGACAGGGAUUCGAGCCACCCACCUUCAGUGGCUGGUUCCUGGGCUGGGAUGACGAUUACUGGAACGUGGAUCCCUUGGAGAGGGCCAUGGCCGAGCUGGCUGCGUGAAGAAAGAAACACCUACUUCUUUAUUAUUUGAAAGGAGAAAAGUGUGCUGGCUCCAAAGAGCUGCUUCCAUCUUCUACCAGGCUAAAAAAAAAAAAAAAGUAUACAAAAUAGUUCAAGGUGAUCAGUGGCUGAGACCUGUCCAUGAACUGUAUCUUUUUCUUCCCCUGCUGCUUUGAAAAAUGGCCUUUAAUAAAGCUUGUAUAGAAUCA